AAGACUACAAGCGUCUAUGAUCGUCUCUUUCUUCUAAUAAAAUGGCAAUUUUGUGCUGAAUCAUUAUUAUUUAUUUAAUAAGAUUCAGAGUGAAUUUGACAAAAUGCAUCGAUUAAUUUAUUCAUUAAAUGACAAAAAAUAUAGGGUAGUUAAAAAAACACAAUAUCUGCCAAAAAAUUACAUACAAAUAGCUGUCAGUGAUGUCGAAAAUUUAUCAUCUAUUUGCAAUAUAUUAAACGCUGACAUGCCGAUAGUAUUAAUUAAACGUGUAGAUUGUCACGAUAGGAAUGUACGUUCGACUACAGAAACGAAACCACAAGAUCCUAAGAUUGUUAUAAAUGAAGAAAAUAAAGAGAACAACGAAGUACCAACAAGCACAAAUGCUGUAAGUUUUGUUGGCACAGAAAUAUAUGAGGUUCCAGUCAUUGAUCAUGAUAUUUUGGCUAAAAAAAAUGUAUUGACCGGUACAAGUACUGAUGAAAAGCUUCAGCUAACAGACUCGAAAGUAAGAGUCAAAUUUGACUCUGACUUGAAACAUUUUCAUGUGAAUUCAAAUGUGAUUUCACAAGAAAAAGGGUCAGAAAAUAAUGAGAUACCACAAAAUGUUUCACAUUGUUCAGAUACUAAAUGGAUUGAUGAUACCAAAAUAUAUAAAUCACCAGUCAUUCAGGAUAAUAUUCCUAAUUUUGAAAAUCUAUCGGAUGAAUUGAAUACCGACAUGAAGUUUAAACAAGUAGACCAAGACAUGAUUAUUGAAUUAAAUUAUGAACAUGCUAGUGUGAAUUCAAACGACUUAGUACAAGAUCAUGAGAAUAAUUUUGAUGCAGUUUUUUAUCAAGAAUGUAAUGCUCAAAGUGGAAAUAAUUUUUGUGCUGCACAAUUCACUUCAUCCGAAGAUGAUUUAAUUGAGGCAGUAAUCAUUCCAAGUAUUAUCGAUGAAACAAGCACUGAAGAGUAUGAUUUAUUAAAUUACGAAUCAAAUUAUGAGAUCUCUGAUCAAUUAGAAAGUAUUCUGUCAUCUCGUUUAGACAGUGAAACCGUAGAAAUUCUACGAGAUUAUAACAAAGGUGAUGAUGAAAAUAGUCAUGAUUUAUCAAUUCUACGAUUAAGGCAACGUAGUGAAAUAAACUACAACAACACUUCUAACUCUCUAUUGGGACAUAAUUCAUUUGAUGAUAAAGACACCAGUGAUAUAGAUUUUGAUCCAAUCAAUUUAAAACAUUCUUCUACAAUAAUAGAAGAUUCUACACAAAGUAUACUACAAACUGGGACAGUAAACAAUAUUGAUACAGCAGCUGAAAAUAAAUUAAUAAACGUUUUUCCGUUAUCGUCAGAAGUACAUAAUAUCGUGAGUAAUAAUUCAACAUUAAUCAAGGUUCCGCUUCCGUCGAAAGGAUCUUGUGAUAAUUCAGAAUUAAAAGCAGAAGGUAGUGUUGUUACCGACGACGCUGGAAACGUCAUUAGUGUUGAACCGCGUUGGAAAAAAAAAUAUUUUUGCAUUUAUUGUCACAAGUUAGUAGUUAAAUUACCAAGACAUAUUGAAUUAAGGCACAAAGAUAUUGAAGAAGUACAACAGCUCAAAAGUACUCCAAAAGGUCAGUUACAUUUAUGGAUAAUAUCGGAUUUUAAGUUGAAAUAUAUUUUUCCGUUUCACCUGUUCCGAAAGUAUAAUCUUAGAGUGCUGAAUGGUGUGCUGUCCAUAAUCAAUUACCAGACACCUAAGUUACCGUUCUCUUUAUCAGUUUAGACCCUAAAGUGCUCACUUUGUAGCCUC